GAAAGUGAAGGUACAUUAUCACUACCUUCCAUAAAUCAAGAAAACAGCAACAUGACUGCCUUUAGUGAAACCAGUGAUAGUAACUUUUUGUCUAUGGAUCCAUUGAUGGACAUCAAAAUAGAGCCAGAGGUAUUCUGUGAGUCUAAUGAAGAUGGUGAAUAUUCAUAUGGAAUGAAUUCUGUAGUGAACGAAAAAGAUCCACUACCUUGCAAAAAGGAAAUAGAACAAGAACGAAUGAAUAGUCACAAUGAGGAGAAGGAUUUCAGGUACAAUGACUGUGAAAAACCAUUUUACAAAAAAGUUAAUCUUACAAGUCAUAUCACAAAUCCUACCAGAGAGAACCCUUUCAUAUGCAAGGAAUGCGGGAAAGCAUUUUCCAUGAAGCAUAAUCUUGCACGUCAUAUGAAACUUCAUACUGGAGAGAAGCCAUUCAUAUGCAAAGCAUGUGGGAAAGCAUUUUCCAUGAAACAUCAUCUUACAUAUCAUAUGAGAAUGCAUACUGGAGAGAAACCGUUCGUGUGCAACGAGUGUGGGAAAGCAUUUUCCCUAAAACAAAACCUCAUACGCCAUAUGAACACAUUGUCAGUACAGAAGAGGACAGGACAAAAGGCUAAAAUGAAUCCAGAACAUUCUGUAGAAUUACCUUUGAAAAGUGAAACUGAAGGUGUAUUGUCAUUACCUUCCAUAAAUCAAGAAAACAGCAACUUGGCUGCCUUUAGUGAAACCAGUGAUGAUGACUUUUUGUCUCUGGAUCCACUGAUGGACAUCAAAAUAGAGCCAGAGGUAUUCUGCAAAUCUAAUGAAGAUGAAGAAUAUUCAUGUGAAAUGAAUUCAGUAGUGAAUGAAAAGGAUUCACUAACUUGCAAAAAGAAAGUAAAACAAGAAAGAAGGAAUUGUCACAAUGGAGAGAAGUCUUUCAGAUCUACUGACUGUGAGAAGGUAUUUUACAAUGAAAUUAAUCUUACAAGUGAUAUCACAAAUCCUACCAGAGAGAAAACAUUCUUGUGCGAUGAAUGUGGGAAGGCAUUUUCCCUGAAACAUAAUUUUAUAGUUCAUAUGAGAAUCCACAGUGGAGAGAAGCCAUUCAUGUGCAAGAAAUGUGGGAAAGCAUUUUCCAUGAGACAUAAUCUUACAGUUCAUAUGAGAAUUCACACUGGAGAGAAGCCAUUCGAGUGCAAGGAAUGUGGAAAAGCAUUUUCCCAGAAACCAGAUCUUACAAUUCAUAUGAGAAUUCAUACUGGAGAAAAGCCAUUCAUGUGCCAAGAAUGUGGGAAAGCAUUUUCCCGUAAAGCAAGUCUUAUCAUUCAUACGAGAAUCCUCACUGGAGAGAAACCAUUCAUGUGCGAGGAAUGUGGGAAAGCAUUUUCCCAGAAAUCAGAUCUUGCAAUUCAUACGAGAAUCCAUACUGGAGGGAAGCCAUUCAUGUGCAACGACUGUGGGAAAGCAUUUGCCAAGAAGUCACAUCUUACAGCUCAUAUGAAAAUCCACGCUGGAGAAAAUGACAAAUGAUAAUGAACAAAGAUGCUGGAAAGGUACCGACCAGGAUAAAACCAUCCCCUCGACUCAUUUCUGCGCCAGGCGGGUCGUUGAGUCUUGCAGGAUAGUUCAACAUAGUAGGAACUUGCUCUUAACAAAAAAAAGAAAGGAUUAGGAUGCCAGCCCUCACUAGAUACAAGUGAAAUAUAAACUGCCAUCAAAGUGACCACACACCAUUACAGCAUAAGGUCCUUCUUGGACAUUUAUUUCAUAAGUCCUCACUUAGUCCAUUAAUUGAAGAAACCAGUGACUGUUAUGCAUAUCUUGUAUGUAAGCCCUAGUGAUGGUGUGUAUCUCGUGUACCUGAUCAGUGCAGAGAAUAAGUGUUGGGUGUGUUUGGUAUGUAUGCACUAGAGACCUUAUGUAAUUCCUCAGCAUGAUGAGUCUUGUUUUGUCAACUUGAUCACUUUUCAGUGUUACCUUGUACAGUAAUGCUUUUGUUUCUCCUGUGUGGUAUCAAAUACUAUUGGGAUUACCUCACAGGAUGUGAUAAGCUAACAUGCUCCUAUGUUUUGUAUCAAAACAGUUGUAUUUUUGUAUACUCAAUAAACCCUAUCCUGGACAUUUUUGCAACUAAAAAAAAAAAUUUUUUUUUACCAUUUCAAGUAAAUAUUGAUGUAGUAGUAUCAGUUUAUGGUGUACUACUGUUUACUUAUAAUAGCUACCAUUAAAGUAACCUUGUAGUGAAUAAAAACAAACAGAUUUUCCCAUGACAGGAGAACUAAUCAUCUUCUUCGAGAGCUUUUCCUAGAAAGGAAUUAAACUGUACAUUUUUCAAAACACAGGAAUACAAUUGUCAUCUAAAGCAGCAAUCGCCAACCGUUGGUCCGUGAAAAAAUUUGAUGGUCCGCAGAAAAAUUGGGACAUUAUUUCAAUUUUCAUGUUGUCUUAAUCCUUUUCGGGCAAACCUGAUACAAAUUGUACAGAAGACAGAGAGCCCAGUGCUACCAAUUUAGCAUUUUUAAUGCUAGAUUUAGUAUUUUAGGGCGAUUUAGCAUUAUAAAUUUUGAUCCAACAUUUAGCAGAAAAAAAACAGCAUUAUUAAUUACAAUAAAUUAAACACCAUAAAUAUGAAUUUAUCCUGAUGUAAUGAACGUAAAACGCAUAUCAAAUAAAACUGAACAUGUUCUAUCUGUUUCAUAUCCGUAUUGAACAAGUAUUGUAUUCCUAUUGCUUCAAAGUACAAAAUACCUUUCAAAACGUUUGGGUUUGAGUCUUUGAGAAUGACAGUCAACAUCCCUGCUUUAGUAAGAACCAGGCAGCAGUGACCAAAUAUCAACAAUAAAAUGUGUAAUAUUUGAGUAAACUUAAUUUUUUUUUGUUAAUUCAACUAUAA